UCUUGCAAAAUACUUUAAUGGUAAGAUCCUAUAUCUUCAUUCAGGUGUGAAUAUAGAUGACGUGGAUGCGGAUACGGUGAUGCCGACGACUAAGAAGAAGAUCCUCAAUGAUGAAGACCAGUACAACGAGGAUGUCCGCUUCAAUAUGGCCAUCAGGGAGACCUUCCUCAACCGAUUCGUGCACAUGUUCCUAAUGUACGAGAACUUUGUCAUCAUGCCGGAUCAGGAUCGAGACUCGUGGCUGACUGCGCGGGAGUCGAUGGUGAAUUUUGACAAAGCAUCGUUCCUCUCGGACCAGCCGCAGCGACAUCGCCCCUUCCUCUCGCGCUUCCUCGAGACACAGAUGUUCGCGACACUCAUAGACAACAAGAUCAUGGCCAACUGGGGCGACUAUGACGUCAACUUGCAAGUAUUCGA